AUGACUCGCGGUAACCAGCGCGACCGCGACCGUGAAAGAGCAGCCAACCGCAAUGCAGGUGCGAAGUCAAAUUCGACCAUCAAAGGCAAAGAAGACACCGCAGCGAUCAUGAGAGAAAAGCAGCGGCUUGCAGAAGAGAAGAAGGCUGCUGAGAGUUCGGGCGGAGGCGGAGGCAAAAGCAAAUAA